CCGUCCCUACCAUGGGCUUUGCCCUGCAGCGCUUCGCCGAAGCGGUGGACCCGGAUUUCCAGUGCAGGCUGUGCGGCCAGGUGCUGGAGGAGCCCCUGUGCACGCCGUGCGGGCACGUCUUCUGCGCCCGCUGCCUGCUGCCCUGGGCGGCGCGGCGGCGCCGGUGCCCGCUGCAGUGCCAGCCCCUGGCGCCGGGCGAUCUGUACCGGGUGCUGCCUCUGCGCAGCCUCGUCCAGAAGCUGCGCACCCAGUGCGACUACCGCGCCCGCGGCUGCGGCCACUCGGUCGGGCUGCGCGAGCUGGCGGCGCACGUCGAGCGCUGCGACUUCGGCCCUGCUCGCCGCCGCCGCCGGGGCUGCGUCUCCGGGCCGGACGGCCGGGGCGGCGGAGACGCGUGCGCGCGGGGGCGCUGCGGCUCAGCGCCCGGCGUCCGCCGCGGUGGGACGCCGGGAGUCCGUGGCGGGAGCGGGCGGGCGCCAGGGCCUCAAGUCCUGGCCUGGAGGCGGCGCGAGAAGGCGCUGCUGGCGCAGCUCUGGGCGCUGCAGGGGGAGGUGCAGCUCACGGCCCGCAGGUACCAGGAGAAGUUCACCCAGUACAUGGCUCACGUCCGCAAACUCGCCAGGGACCCGGGCGGCGGCCGCGGCCGGGAUGGAGAACAUAUGCCAUUCACUAUUGUGUUAGAAAGAGAAAAUGACACUUUGGGAUUCCAUAUUAUAGGAGGUCGACCAUAUCAGGAUAAUCCAGAGGAAGCACCAAUGGAAGGAAUUUAUGUUUCAAAGAUUUUGGAAAAUGGACCUGCUGAUAGAGCAGAUGGCUUGGAGAUUCAUGACAAAAUCAUUGAGGUCAAUGGGAAGGAUCUCUCAAAGGCCACCCAUGAAGAGGCAGUGGAAGCUUUUCGAAAUGCCAAGGAGCCCAUUGUGGUGCAGGUGCUAAGGCGAACGCCUCUCAGUAAACCAGCCUAUGGGACGGCCCCAGAAGUGCGGCUUGUGGACGCCAGCACUCAGACGGACAUCACCUUUGAACAUAUCAUGGCCCUGGCCAAACUUAGGCCACCCACCCCUCCAGUGCCCGACAUCUGUCCAUUUCUGCUCUCAGACAGCUGCCAUUCUCUUCAUCCGAUGGAGCAUGAAUUUUAUGAGGACAAUGAGUAUCUUUCCAGCUUGCCUGCUGAUGCAGACAGAACAGAGGACUUUGAAUAUGAGGAGGUCGAGUUGUGUCGUGUUAACAGUCAAGAGAAGCUGGGCCUGACAGUCUGUUACCGAACAGAUGAUGAAGAAGACACCGGCAUUUAUGUCAGCGAGGUAGAUCCAAACAGCAUUGCUGCCAAAGAUGGCCGGAUUCGAGAAGGGGAUCGUAUUUUGCAAAUAAAUGGGGAAGACGUCCAGGAUCGAGAGGCGGCGGUGGCCCUGCUGUCUAGUGAUGAGUGCCGGAGAAUCGUGCUGCUGGUCGCAAGGCCGGAGAGUCAGCUGGAUGAAGGCUGGCUGGAAGAUGAAAGGAAUGAAUAUUUAGAGGAGUUAAACUUGUCGAUGUUGGAAGAACAGCAUAAUGAAGCAAUGCAGCGCACUGCCGGUGAGGUGGAGCAGCCAAAAAAACAAGAAGAAGAAGAAGGCACAACAGACACGGCAACAUCUUCAUCCAACAACCAUGAGAAGGACAGUGGAGUGGGGCGCACAGACGAAAGCUUGCGGAACGACGAGAGCUCAGAGCAGGAGAAUGCAGCUGAGCAUCCCAAGGGCACAUCUUUGAAGAGCAAGAGAGAGCUGGGGCAGAGCCAAGACACUCUGGGAAGCGUUGAACUUCAGUGCAAUGAGAGCUUCGUGUCUGGUGAAUACAUUGACUCAGACUGUAUUGGCAACCAAGAUGAGGAGUGUGAAAGGUUUCGGCAGCUCUUGGAGCUCAAAUGCAAGAUUCGGAAGCAUGGAGAGUAUGACCUGUAUUACUCAAGCAGCACAAUAGAAUGCAAUCAAGGGGGACGAGAAGGAGUGGAGCACGAACUACAGUUGCUUAAUGAAGAACUAAGAAACAUUGAACUUGAGUGCCAAAAUAUCAUGCAGGCUCACAGGCUCCGGAAAGUGACAGACCAGUACGGAGACAUCUGGGCAUUGCAUGAUGGAGGAUUCCGAAAUUAUAACACCAGCAUAGAUACGCAGAGGGGAAAACUAGAUGACAUCCUCGAACACCCAGAAAAGUCAGACAAAGACAGUUCUAGUGCUUACAACACAGCUGAAAGCUGCAGAAGCACUCCACUCACUGUGGACCGUUCCCCUGACAGUUCCCUUCCAAGAAUGAUCAACCUCACCAAUAAGAAAAACCUGAGAAGCACAAUGGCAGCCAAUCAGUCCUCUUCUGGACAGAGUAGUAAAGAGUCAACCAAAGCCAAAACCACUGAACAAGGUUGCGGCGUUGAAGGCAAAGAGCAGACUUCAGAAAGCAGCAAGCUUUCUGAUCCAGAGAAGACCAGCAGUGAACACAUCCCUUACCUCUCUCCUUACCACAGCUCCUCCUAUAGAUAUGCAAACAUCCCAGCACAUGCCCGGCAUUAUCAAAGCUACAUGCAGUUAAUUCAACAGAAGUCCGCAGUGGAGUACGCUCAGAGUCAGCUCAGCUUGGUGAGCGUGUGCAAGGAGUCUCAGAAGUGCUCAGAACCCAAGAUGGAAUGGAAGGUGAAAAUCAGGAGUGACGGGACGCGGUACAUCACCAAGAGACCCGUGAGGGACCGCAUUCUGAAGGAGCGUGCCUUAAAGAUCAAGGAGGAGCGGAGUGGCAUGACGACGGACGAUGACACCAUGAGUGAGAUGAAAAUGGGGCGCUACUGGAGCAAAGAGGAGAGGAAGCAACACCUGGUGCGGGCCAAAGAGCAGCGGCGCCGCCGAGAGUUCAUGAUGCGGAGCCGGUUGGAGUGUCUCAAGGAGAGUCCCCAGAGCGGCAGCGAGGGCAAGAAGGAGGUCAACAUCAUUGAACUGAGUCACAAAAAGAUGAUGAAGAAGAGGAACAAGAAAAUUUUGGACAACUGGAUGACAAUCCAAGAACUGAUGACCCAUGGGGCCAAGUCCCCUGAUGGCACACGAGUUCCUAAUGCCUUUUUGUCAGUCACCACGGUAUGACCGAAUGGAUGGAAGGCAGCUGACUUUCAGGGGAUGCUACCAGUUUGGGUAGAGGAUGCUUGCCUCGUUCAAUGUGGCGUUUUUAUAUAUAUUUUGUGACUCUUUAUAGUUUAAAUUUUUUGUAAGCAAAAAUACCUGCUAAUUUUUCAUUUGUUUUUCAUAUACUGGUACCUUCUUUUUGGCUGAGAUUUUUCUUUAACUUGUGAUAUAUUCGUAUUACUCAUUUAUAUAUAAAAACAAGCAAAAGGAAAGAAAACCAAAAAAAAACAAACAGAAAUACUGAGGAGCUAAUUAAUUUCCUAUUUUAAUGUAUCUAUUUAAUGUACCUAUUGUAGAUCUGGAUUUAUUUCUCUGGAUUUAGUUUACUUAUUUUCUACUUUAAUAACAACUCAAUGCCAAAACAUUUCUCUGCUUGCUUCUUGGCAUAAUACAUAUGAAAUCAAACCUGUUGAUAACUCAUGUGCCACAUCUUGUCUUAUACAUAAAAGCCACCUCUUUUUAACAUCCCGUUGUACAUUUAACACAUAAAUGGCCGUUGUCUUUGUCUCAGUAAAGUGUAGGUGGACAAUCUUUCUGUGGUAUGUAGUGACAUUGAUCAUGUAGCUAGAUAGUUGUGGUAAUUGUGACAAUAAAAGAGAAAUAAAUUAUUGAUUAUCCCUG